CCCACGGUUGAGCCACAAUAAGUUAUUGAAAGGAAAACAAAACUGUCAUAUCAUCUGAUUGUCAUUGUCAAAUAAAUUUUGGCAAAAUGGCGUUCAGCUUCCCCGCGUUUUCGUAUAUUAUUGCCCUGAUUGUCGAUGCAUUUCUUAUAUUUUUCUCAAUAUUUCACGUAAUAGCAUUCGAUGAACUCAAAACAGAUUAUAAAAAUCCAAUAGAUCAAUGUAACAGUCUUAAUCCUUUGGUUUUACCGGAGUAUUUGCUGCAUCUAUUCAUAAAUUUACUUUUCUUAUUAUCCGGAGAAUGGUUUGCAUUGAUAAUCAACUUGCCUUUGAUAUUGUACCACAUACACAGAUAUCGAAAUCGGCCAGUAAUGUCGGGGCCAGGCCUAUAUGACCCCACGAGCAUUAUGAAUGCCGAUGUAUUGACAGUUUGCCAAAGAGAAGGUUGGAUCAAACUUGCAUUUUAUUUGCUGUCCUUCUUUUUGUACCUCUACGGGAUGAUAGUAGUGUUGAUUGCGGCGUAAACUCAUACUCCAUUGCCCGUGGUUCACCAUAAGUCAUAAUUUAUUGCUGAAGAGUCCUCAAACCUGAUGGUUGUUAUUGUUUAGCGAACAAGUGGAAUGUUACAUACUGCAUUUUAUGUGAUCACAUAAUAUUGUAUAAUAAUUAACUUUGAUAAUAAAUUUCGUAUUAAUUUAUCC